AUGUCUGAUAGUAUUCUUGAAUCAAUUGAAAGAGAAUCAAAAUCGAUUAAAGAUAAAGGAGUUAUUCCUCAUUUGGUAGUUAUCUAUAUUGGAGAUAACCCACAAAUAGAUAGUUAUGUUAGAAAAAAGAGAGAAGCAUGUGAAAGAGUUGGCUUUAAAUUUACAUUGGAUCGAUUUUCGAGUACGGUACAACAAGACCAAAUCAUCAAGCGUAUUCAAUAUCAUUCACAGGAUACGUCAGUGUCUGGUAUCAUCCUUCAAUUACCAUUGCCCGAACAACUCGAUUCACAGUCACUCAUUCAAGCAAUCUCACCACUCAAAGACGUCGAUGGUCUCAACCCUCUCAAUCUUGCUCAAAUCUUUAUGGGCAAGAAAUCAAUGUUUGUUCCAUGUACUCCAGAUGGUAUCCUCGAAUUAUUACGACAAUAUGGCUUCAAAGUAGAAGGAAGCAAUGUCGUGGUGCUCGGACGCUCCAAUCUGGUCGGUAGAACCAUUGCAACCUUGUUAUCUCAAAAGAAUCUUUCAAAUCAAUCGAUUCAAGGUGGUGCUACUGUUUCCUUAAUUCAUAGAUAUUCUAAAAAUACUAAACCAGCUUUAAAAGCUGCCGAUUUAAUUAUUAGUGCAACUGGACAAGGAGGAUUAAUUAAAAAAGACGAUAUUAAAGAAGGAGCUGUUCUGAUUGAUGUUGGUAUUAGUUAUGUAAAGGAUGAAAGUAAAAAGAGUGGAGUUCGUAUGGUUGGAGAUAUCGACCCAGAAGCUUACAAAAAGGCGAUGGCAUACACACCUGUACCAGGUGGUGUCGGUCCACUUACAGUUGCCAUGUUACUCAAGAAUGUUUUAAAGGCUGCUCAUUUACAAGCUAAAAUAUUCAAACCUCAACAACAACAACAAGAAAAAGAAAAGUCUCAACAAAAAAGUUAA